AUGGAUCCUGCAGCUAUAGCCAACGUUGGAAAAUCGUCGCUCGCGCUCAAGGAGGCAGCGCUAGCGUUCAUACCUCUUACAUCUGUAGCGCUUUCAUUGCGCAUGUAUGUCCGAAUAUUCAUUGUUAAAGGAUUUGGACUAGACGAUGUUUUCCUGCUCGUCGCACAGGUUUUCUUCUUCGUUUUCUGCGGCAUCGCUAUCAAGCUGAUCAAUCUGGAACAUGAUCCAUCGAUGAUCAAAGCCUUCUCGGGUAGUGCUAAGCAGGCAUUUGCGGCGAUUGAGAGCAUCUACACGGAUUCUGUUCUCUUCACCAUCUUCUACGUCUUUUCGGUUGUCUUCUUGAAGAUCUCGCUCGCCUUCUUCUAUCUCCGAAUUGUCAUUCAACGAUGGCAGAGGGUUGUGAUAUACAUGACAGCUACUACGAUGACUCUUUACGGCCUUGCAUACUCCUUCACUUACUUGUUCCGAUGCGGCUCGGACGUACAUCAUCAACUCGUGUACAGAGCUGCUGGGAAAUGCAUUCCGGAUCAUACACUACUAAUCAUGACAUACGUCCUUGGAAUCUUGGAUACCCUGACCGAUUUCGUUUACGCCUUCUUGCCGAUCUACGUUUUGUGGAACUCAAACAUGCCACUUGGAAUGAAGUUCACAGCAGGCUUCUUACUCUGCAUUGGAUCUGUCAGUUCGAUAUGCGCUUUGGUCCGCGUAGCCACCCUAGCGAACUUGACAUUGGAUGUCAAAUUCUUCAAACAAGCUGUUGAGACUGGACUCUGGAGCAUCAUCGAACCCGGUCUUGCGAUAGUGGCUACAUCACUCGCAGCAUGCAGACCGCUUUGGAGGAAGGUUUCGGAAAGCAGCUCCACUGGCUCUCUCAUCAAGAACACUUUCAUGUUCAAAUGGUCGUCGGCAAAGAGGAGUGGCAUAUCAUCAAGCAGCAGUCAAUCUCGCAGCGGCAAGGCGGUCAGCAGACCCAGUGGACUCGGCUUUGUGGAGCGCUCAGAGGCGAACAGAGGAUUCAAAAAAUUUAACGAUGCCGAGUAUGGUGUGUCAACGGCUACGGUCGCUGUCGGCGACGAGAGAGAGAUGACGGAGUUGCAAGAUCUUGGCAGGUUGGAAGCACAAGAUGAUUUCAGAGAAGAGGAGGAGGAUAAGAAGUCGUUGGUCAGAGCCUCGAUGACACCGAGUGAACGUCAAAGCAGGUCGAAGAUCUUCAAGACGAGAGACGUCCGGGUGGAUGUACGGACUGCUCCAUGA